GUGGUUUCAUCCUAACAUCACAGGUGUUGAGGCAGAAAACCUCCUGUUGACUCGAGGAGUAGAUGGGAGCUUUUUAGCCAGACCCAGUAAAAGUAACCCAGGAGACUUCACUCUCUCUGUGCGGCGAAAUGGAGCUGUAACCCACAUUAAAAUCCAAAACACAGGAGACUUUUAUGAUCUGUAUGGUGGGGAGAAGUUUGCCACUCUUGCAGAACUGGUGCAGUAUUACAUGGAGCAUCAUGGGCAGCUGAAGGAGAAAAAUGGAGACGUAAUAGAGCUUAAGUACCCACUCAACUGUGCUGACCCCACAUCAGAAAGAUGGUUUCAUGGCCACCUAUCUGGCAGAGAGGCUGAGAAGCUGCUGACAGAUAAGGGGAAGAAUGGCAGCUUCCUGGUGAGAGAGAGCCAGAGCCACCCGGGGGACUUUGUUUUAUCAGUUCGUACUGGAGAUGACAAGACGGACAGCAGCGACAGCAAACCUAAAGUCACUCAUGUCAUGAUCCACUGCCAGCAUGAUCUGAAAUAUGAUGUCGGUGGAGGGGAGAAGUUUGACUCUCUCACCGACUUGGUGGAGCACUACAAAAAAAACCCUAUGGUGGAAACACUAGGUACUGUGCUUCAGCUGAAACAGCCCCUAAACACAACUCGUAUAAAUGCAGCAGAGAUUGAAAGUCGAGUUCGGGAGCUCAGUAAACAAGCAGAUGCUACUGACAAGUUCAAACAAGGCUUCUGGGAGGAGUUUGAGACCUUGCAGCAACAAGAGUGCAAACUUCUCUACAGUCGCAGAGAGGGUCAGAGACCAGAGAACAAAAACAAGAACAGAUACAAGAACAUUCUGCCUUUUGACACCACACGUGUGAAACUGGUUGAUGGAGACCCCGAUGAACCAGGCUGUGAUUACAUCAAUGCCAAUAUCAUCAUGCCGGACACAGAUUUAAAGUGCAUUAGCAGCAGGUCAAAGAAGAACUACAUAGCCACUCAGGGCUGCUUGCAGAACACAAUCAGUGACUUCUGGAGGAUGGUUUUUCAGGAAGACACUCGAGUCAUCGUUAUGACUACCAAAGAGGUGGAAAGAGGGAAGAGUAAGUGUGUGAAGUACUGGCCAGAGAUGUCUGCUCUGAAGGAGUAUGGGGCCAUGCGUGUUCGCAAUGUCAGAGAGACGACUGCUCAUGACUACACCCUUCGAGAAUUGAAACUGUCUAAAGUUGGCCAGGGUAACACAGAACGAACAGUGUGGCAGUACCACUUCAAAACCUGGCCAGAUCACGGGGUUCCCACUGACCCAGGUGGUGUUCUGGACUUCCUGGAGGAGGUCAACCUGAAACAGGAGAGCAUUUUGGAUGCUGGGCCAAUUACAGUACACUGCAGUGCAGGGAUUGGGAGGACAGGAACAUUUAUAGUGAUUGACAUCCUGAUAGAUGUAAUCCGAGAAAAAGGGGUGGACUGUGACAUUGAUGUACCCAAGACAAUUCAGAUGGUUCGUGCUCAGCGCUCUGGAAUGGUGCAGACAGAAGCACAGUACAGGUUUAUUUAUAUGGCUGUACAGCACUACAUUGAAACAUUGCAAAGACGCAUAGAGGAGGAGCAGAAAAGUAAGAUUAAAGGGCGCGAGUACACAAACAUUAAGUAUUCUUUAUCUGACCUGACUGGUGGAGAGCAAAGCCCUUUGCCACCUUGCACACCUCUUCCUACUCCUUCCUGCACAGAGACAAGGGAGGAAAACUCCAGAGUCUAUGAGAAUGUGGGCCUGAUGCAGCAGCAGAAGAGCUUCAGAUGAGAUUUACCUUUUAUUGAAGUGCUUCAUCAAUUUCAGGAUCUUAUUACCUGUCAGUCCUUCGCCAGCCACACCUUGACGCCUGAGGCUUGUCUGUGAUGAUGUGGAAAGGGGAGUACACAACAAAAACAAGCUAAAACCUGAGGGAGACCACACACCAGGGUCAACAUCUUAUUUUUUUCACUUUAUCUGCAUAAACAAUUUCCCUCAAGUUUAAUUCUGUACCACUGUGAUCAUCCAAGGAGCUGCUGAAAAGCCUAAUCUGCUAAACUACAACUUCUGUCCAUCCAAUCCAGCAAGGGCUGCUAACAGCAAACGCACUCCUCAGAGGGAAAACAACCUGACUCAUGUUCACUCACUUCUUAUUUUUCUAUGUAUUUGUAUUUGUUUUUCUUCUAUUAACCAGAGUAACAGAAUGACAGUAGAU